UUAUCUUUAAGAAACGUGCAAUAAAGUGAAUAACAAUAACAUGUACAACACUAUUUUUUUUAGAAAUCGAAAAUACCAAACUAUGUAAAACGUGAUAGAUACAUACUGCUUACAUUUUAAUCUUUGUACAUAAUCCCUACAUCUGUGCAAGCCCCUACACGUUUACAGAGUGCACCAGCAGCAAGACACACUCCUGUAAGCGGUCCUGGCACGUCAGUGGCUUGCAGAAGACGAGGCCGAUUACUACAGAAAGGGGAAACAACUGCGCUCGCCGCGGCUCCGGCUUAACUGUGACGCAUGUUAAGAACACUCUGUCACUGUAUAGGCCUAGAAGGUGCUUCGCUGCAGAUAUGGAACAGAGAGCAAUAAACAAUGCCUACAAAGAUUAUGACGGGACCCCAUCUUGCACCCAGGCCUAUUUUGACCCACAGGGUAGGCUGACCCCUAACUUUGCUGGGCGGUUGAGCGGUAAGGUUGCUGAGCUGCUGGAGCAGAUGGAGCAUGGGCUCAAAUCAGCCGACUCUGGGGACUGCAGUGGCUACACAGGCUGGGCAGGGAUUGCGCUGCUUUACCUGCACCUGUACAACGUGUACGGAGACUCCUCCUACCUGCAGAGGGCGCUGGAGUUUGUCAACAGGAGCCUGAGCUGCCUGACACGCCGUUGGGUGACCUUCCUGUGUGGGGAUGCAGGUCCGCUGGCUGUGGCUGCUGUGGUAUUCCACAAACUGCAAAGGGACAAGGAAGCAGACGACUGUCUCGGACGUUUGCUGCGGCUGCACCAGUCCGUAGUGAAGCAGGAUUCGCGCUUACCGGAUGAGGUGCUCUAUGGUAGAAUGGGAUACCUGUAUUCCCUGGUCUUUGUGAAUGAGCAGUUUGGACAGGAGAAGAUCCCCAUGCAGUACAUACAACAGAUCUGCAACAGCGUCAUCGUCUCCGGGGAGAGUCUGUCCAUGAAGAGCCGCUACCAGGAGAAGAGCCCCCUGAUGUACGAGUGGUUCCAGGAACACUACGUUGGGGCUGCGCACGGAUUGGCAGGAAUCUACUACUUCCUCAUGCAGCCUGGUUUCGUGGCGAGCCAGGAUAAGCUUGUAGGACUGGUGAAGCCCAGUGUGGACUUCCUGUGCCAGCUCAAGUUUCCUUCUGGAAAUUACCCACCUUGCAUCGGUGACACACGGGAUUUACUAGUGCACUGGUGCCACGGGGCACCAGGCGUGAUCUACAUGCUCAUUCAGGCCUACAAGAUGUUUGGAGUUGACCAGUACUUGUCUGAUGCAGUGCAGUGCGGCGAGGUGAUUUGGCAGCGAGGACUGUUGAAGAAGGGGUAUGGGCUGUGCCACGGGGCAGGCGGCAAUGCCUAUGGCUUCCUGGCGUUGUACAAGCUCACGCAGGACGCCAAGUACCUGUACAGGGCUUGUAAGUUUGCUGAAUGGUGUCUGGACUACGGAAAGCAUGGCUGCAGGACCCCCGACACUCCAUUCUCCCUGUUUGAAGGCAUGGCGGGGACAAUCUACUUUCUUGCUGAUCUGUUGCAGCCAAUGAAAUCCAAGUUCCCAGCAUUUGAACUGUGAAGAGAAACAAAAGCAUAAAGGAUGCUGCCGCGUAUUCCACAUGUAUGCUCUGCUCUUUUUCCUUCAUUUUCCUUUUUUUCUUAAAGAAAUUCUAUCCCAGUAUCUGGGUAAACGAUGACCCCUGCUGCCACUGAGUAGGGAAGAGGGUUCAGCCAGUUAAACAGCAUCAUAGGGUUAUUUGGGAUUCCCAGCUGCUGGUUUAUACAACAUUCUAAAAGCCUCACGUUUCUCCAGCAUGGGCAGAAUGCACUGCCCCCCUGUGCCUCAGUGUAUGUGCCCUCUAGUGGUAAGUCCUGGUAAACACCCUCUGAACAUUAUCUUAGCAAUUCUCUUGCAACGUCAGUAGUCCUCAACUCCUCAAGACCUUUCUUUCUAAGAACAUAAUUUGUUUUAACCUGAUUAAUGCAGAAUCAUCUACAGUUUGAAAGGAGUGUGGAAACAAAAUGCUAAUUUAAAAUCCAUUGUUACGUCUUGAUUUAAACAGCAAUCUGGAGCGUUUAUGGUUAACCAGGGACUGGAGUUGAAAAUCACUCCUGGGUAGCACUGGUCAGGGCUAGAAAUGCAUGUGGGUUGGUAUUUGAGAUUAAAUGUAUGAAUUAGCUAAUAAUAGUAAAUGCACACACCAAAGAUUGUGUUCUAGUGCUUGAAAGAAUUCAACCUGAACUGGCCCAGUGUUUGGUAUUUAACUUCAGUAAGGUCUCAUUAUCAUUGUUCUUGCUUUUCUGUUAGUUUAAAUUUAUUAGUUAGUACUUUAGUUGAAAAACAUCAGAACUAAAUUAGCCUGGGUUGUACUCAUAGUAUUGAAUGGGAUUUCUUGGAAUGAGAAAUACAAAAAUUCCAGGCUUGUUACGUAGCCUUUUAUUUAUUUUAAAACCUUAAUUCCUUAUUAAUGAGAACAAGCAUUCAUUUCAAAAGCAGUUGCUUUGUGAAUGUAUCGUUUUUCAUCGCAGUAGAGCAAGUGAACUGAACUUAUGCUUUGUUUAUUUACUUUUUUAAUCGCCUUUGCUAAGUUACCUAAUGCAAGUUUAUAUUUAAUAUUAGUAGAAUUCAUAUUCCUGCUUUUCUGGUGGUGUGUUAAAUUCAUGAUGACACAUGUCUAUUUAAUAGUGCUUUAGAGCACUUAUCUGAAAGUGUUUUUUUGUUUGGUUUUUUUUAGCCUUGGUUUCUGGUAGAAGUAGGAUUUCUAGGUGCAGUACCAAGUUUUGGCUAUUAGCAGAUCAAAGCUUAGCGUUAGAAAAUCCUGGCAUCAGCCAGUAUGUAAACGUAACUAUAAUCAUUAAUGCUGUGUGUCAAACUAGUUGUAAUUUGACACUGAUAAACAAGUCUACGCAACUUGCAGCAUUUAUUUCUAAGAGCAUUGACAAACGUUUUGAAAUGUUUGCUUGUAGUUGAAAAAUGAACUGUGCCUGUCCAGAUAAUAUGUUUGUGCUCUUCUUGUUGGUGUGUGCACUGCUUGGGGCAAGCAGCAAGCCUCCAGUGCCAGUGCUGUUUAUACUGUACCGAUGAGUGCAGUGCCCGACACCACGCUAAACCUUGAUGUAUUUCCUCAUAAUAUUGAGUCUUGAAUGUUUAGCCGCCUUUUUUUGCCUGAUAUAAAUAUACAUUAAAACACUGAGAAUGA